AUGGAUUCCUCAAAAGAAAGCCAAAUCAACAGUCUCCUGGAAGACCAGGAGACCUAUAGAUUUCUCCUCGAAGAUCUUAUCGAGAAAAGUCCCGGUGAUGCCGCUGGAAUUUCAGAACUUCAUGAGACCAUCAAAAGGUAUGAGGAGCAGAUUGCCAACCUAAUAGGUGGUGUCCAGGCUGGCCCCUCGGAUACCCCCCAGGUUUCCCAGAAUGUGGUCUCCCCUCGUCCACCUCCGCAUCCCACCAUGCAAUCUUCUUAUUUGCAUACCAUGCCUGUGGACCCUUCCUCAGCACAGUAUUACCCAUCUGCAGCACCUUCUCCAUUUGCUGCCUAUCCCAGCCGCUCUCCCGAGCCUUCACUAUCGUUCCAACCUGAUGCAUCUCGCAAACGACCACGUCAAGACUCCUCAAGCUCGGCAGUCCGGCCCCAGUCUUCCAAAAGGGCGGUCGUGGACCAGACCAAGUCCGAAUAUGAGGAAGUGAAGGCAGAGAUGGAACGCCGACUGGAUGAGAAUCGGGAAAUGCAUGAGGAGGCAAAGGAUUUUCAGUUUGUUCAAACCAGGGCAAUGGCGGAGGGUAUCUCAAUUGAGGAGGUCUUGGAAAAAAUCGAAAAAGAGCAGGCGGAAGAUGAGGAUGCGAUUCGCGCUGAAUUCCAAAUUGACAUUGACGAACAAAUGGCUCGCAUGAUGCAGGCAGAGGAGGCACGCAGCGAAAGCGAUUAUGGCCCCACGCCGAGUCCGCUGCCAAUAUUCGAUAUUCCUGACCGCACUUUAACCUACCAUUCGCCACGACCUUACGCCAGUUCUUCACUGAUUAGCCCUCCGCCACAACGUCUAUAUCCUUAUCCUGUUCCCACGCAGUUCGACUUUAACCCAGCUCCACCUGGUUCAUAUUUAGACCAGGAUGAUGAUCUUCGGGAGAUACCAGCGGAAUACUUUCAUUCGCGCUAUCCGGAACCAUUUGGUUUUGGCCCACCGCGCUUCACUCCCAUGUUUGGCGGCGCAUCGGGUUCUGCUGCCCUGGGCGGUCGGUCCCUUCCGUGGAUGCGCGGUCCCGCACCCGAGAUGGCGGCUUUGGACCUCCUUCGAGACAAUCCACUUGGUUUAGAAGAUGAUGAUGACCUUGAACGAUAUGAGGAGCAAAACUUCCCUGAGGAUAUCAAGAAUUUGAUUACCGGUAUUAAAGACAUUCGCGAGGCCACCAAAGCCGAAAAGGAUGACACGCCAAAGGGUCUGAAAGUAACAUUGAUGAAGCACCAAAAGAUUGGUGUAGCAUGGAUGAAGGCCAAAGAGGAGAGUAACCACAAAGGAGGUAUUCUCGCUGACGACAUGGGUCUCGGGAAAACUAUCCAGGCCAUUGCUCUCAUGAUGGCCAGGCCCCCAACCGAUCCUGAACGACAUCCCUCCUUAAUUGUUGCGCCCAAGGCUCUGAUGGAUCAAUGGAAACGGGAGAUCCAGAGACAUGUCCAACCUGGAAAGCAUCAGCUGUCGGUUUUCAUCUUUCAUGGGCUCAAUCGUGCGGGUUGGAGAGACCUCAAGUCCUAUGAUGUCGUUAUCACAACCUUUGGCACUCUGACUGCUAAUCACAAAAUAUUGCUGCGAGCGGAAAAUAUGGAGGAGGAAGGCAAGGACGCUAGCACUGUUAAGAAGGUCAAAGACACGGCAGCACUGUUCACGCCGGCUAGCAAGUGGCAUCGCGUCAUCGUUGAUGAGGCGCAGAAUAUCAAGAACCCAUCGGCCAAAUCGACCAAGGCAUGCUGCAGACUGAAUGCCACAUACCGCUGGUGCCUUACCGGAACACCGAUGAUGAAUCGGCUUGAAGACUUCCAGUCUCUACUGUGUUUCCUUCGGAUUCGACCCUACAACAACAAGGAGAAGUUUAAACGGGACUUCCGCGUGAAGGGAGGUUUUGUACCUGAGCCUGUGAUGCAGCAGCUGCGUAUCCUUGUCAAAUCCGUCUGCUUCCGUCGCACGAAGUUGUCCAAGAUUGACGGCCAGCCAAUCCUACAGCUUCCCCCGAAGGUCAUUGAAAAGAUUCAUGUAGUCUUCGACGAGAAAGAGAAGGAGGUUUAUGAAGCACUAAAUUCCCGGACGCAAGAGCAAAUUCGGAAAUUCCUUAACGCCGGUAUUCUGGGUAAGAACUAUAGUCAUGUCUUGGUUCUUCUGCUCCGCCUACGGCAGGCAUGCUGCCACCCACAUCUCAUGCAGGGAUUCAGCGUUGAAACACCGUCUGCCCAGGGUGUGGAUAUGGUUGCAAACGCGAAGUUAUUGAGCGCUGCUGUCGUGGACCGUAUCAAAAACAACGAAGGCGGCGAGGACGAUGGCACAUGUCCCAUCUGCAUGGACAGCGUUGAGAAUGCCGUUAUCUACAUCCCUUGCGGCCACUCUGUCUGCUGUGAAUGCUUCGCCCGGAUUUCCGACCCACAGGUCCUGGCCCGUAUUGACGACACUGGCAGUUUCAAAUGCCAGAACUGCCGUGGCCCUGUUGACCCCCUCAAAAUUACUGACGCCCAGUCGUUCAAGAAAGCUCACGAUUCAGACACUGCAUCCGAUCCAUCUGCAAAAGCGGAUGAAGAGGAUGACCAGUCGAAUGAAUCCAACUCCGAUGAUUCGGACUCAGAUACAGAGACCGACGGAUCCUCCGCGAGACCCAAAAAGAAAUCACUGGCGGAGCUCCGCCAGGCGGCCCAGAAGAAUAAGCGCGCGAAGCGCAGGUACCUCCGCCGCCUUGAGAAGUCUUGGAUCCCCAGCGCCAAGAUCGAGAAAUCCAUGCAGAUCCUCAAAGAGAAUGAGGAGCGUGGCAAGGGCGAGAAGACCAUCAUCUUCAGCCAGUUUACCUCACUCCUGGAUCUCCUGGAGGUCCCCAUCAAUCGCCAAGGCUGGAAAUAUGUCCGCUUCGACGGCAGCAUGAAUAUCAACGAGCGCAAUGACUCUGUUACUACUUUCACCGAUGACCCUGAUGUCAAGAUCAUGCUCGUCUCUCUCAAAGCCGGCAACGCCGGCCUCAACCUCGUGGCUGCUUCUCAUGUCAUCUUGUUCGACCCCUUCUGGAAUCCGUAUGUCGAGGACCAGGCCAUUGACCGCGCCCACCGCAUCGGUCAGACCAAAGAUGUUUUCGUGCACCGAUUGCUUAUCGAGGGUACGGUUGAAGACCGUAUUAUCGAUCUCCAGGAGCAGAAGCGAGAACUUAUCAGCGGCGCCCUCGAUGAGGGCGGCUCUAUGAAUGUUUCGCGACUGGAUAUCCGGGAGCUAGCAUAUCUCUUUGUAAGUUUCCUACUUCUCUACUGA